GCGUAACGUGUUUUAGUAAAAUAUUAGAAUACGCAGAUUACGUUACGCAAGUUACGCUGUAUGUGAUGGCACCCUUAAGGAACGCACUCUAAAGACAAACUUGCAUAGCAGCAUAACUAUAUGCAUAAGGAAAAUUAUCCAAUCACAUUUUACACGUGUCUUUACGAUAGAAAUGCCAUGAUUAUGUACCAACCAUUAUUUCAGUUGGAGCUUCAGAAAACAUACUGCAACUGCGUUCCGCUUUAUAAUCUUGAAGCAGUUAGAAAGCGCACGAAACUAAAUCGAAACGAUAGCCGCAGUACACUUCCAUUACGUCAUAGUAUGAGCACUCGAAGUGAAUAAAGGAACGCACUCUAAAUCUCGAAGUAUCUCGAUCCAAUUGUUGGUGACAACAGGCAUAUGCUUUUAACAUGAAAAAGUGGAGAUUGACAGUUCAUACUUAUACUUAUGUAGUAUAGUCAAAGCUCUAAUCUAUCUCUGUAAUCUUUUUCAAUUCUCCCGCGAAAGAAUCCCUGCCCCCCUAAGCAGAGCCAUCUUGCGGCUUAAUCAAUCAAUAAUUUUUUUCCCCAUUCGCCAUGAUCGCUCGUGGAGACCUGUUUGGACAUCAGCCUACCACAUGGCCCGUGUUGGCGCCGUUUUGGAAGUCGUGGCCAUUUUCGAGGAGUAUCAAGUAUCAAGUAUCUUUUUUCCUGGCGGUUUAAAAUUCAGUUCUGUCAUCAACUAAUAUUUAAUGCAAAAAGAAGAAGAAACAUCUUAAGAUUUAUCUUUAUAAGAAUUUAGGGGAAUACAGGGAGAAGAGACACAAGGCUAAAACGAUUAUUAAAGUUUCUAAUAAAAAUGAAUUCUACAAUUAACAGACAAACUUUGUGUACUACGAAAAAGCUAUCGUCCGAAAAUGUGCAAUGUUUAAAGACAGACGCAAAAGAUCUUUAUCCCAUUCUAUUUAAAACAAAUACCAUAAUUAAAUUAUUUGCAUCUAGAUGUCGAAUAAGAAAAACUACUCGUACUAUGGCAAAAAUUUCAAAAUAUCAUAUCUUGGAGAAUAAAAAUAAAGGACGAGAUAUAUGUCACAAAAUUCUAAUUCCAGAAAAAGUAUCAAUAUCAAAUGCUUUCAAAAGAAAAUUGAGACCAACAAAAGCCACUGCAGCAUCAUUAAACAUACAAAAAUUUAUAAAGCAAUUGGAUAUUUUCAAAAUUAAAUGGUUACAUUCAACAUGUAAAAAAAAGUGGAUUUUUAUUUCUAAAGAUGAUUGGUGCACAACAUUGAUAAAAUUUAUCGAAGAAAAAGAAAAUAGUCUUAUACCAUGGACAAAACCAAAUAGGAAGCGUAAUAUUGGGACAUAUACAUUAAUUUCAAGUUCUUCUAGUUUAAGAGCAUUAUUUAUAGCAAGAUGCAUUUGGUUCAAUACUACAAGGUAG